AGGAUAACUUGCAAAAAUGAAUCCUGAAACCCUGCCCAAUGGAAUAUUGUGUCCUGUAACACUAGCAGGUUCCGGCUGAGCGGCUCAGAAUAACUCUGCAGCAAGAUGAACUCUCAACUGCGCCAGAACUACAGCCAUGACAGCGAAGCCGCUAUUAACCGCGUGGUCAACCUGAAGAUGUAUGCAUCUUAUACCUACCUGUCACUGUCAUACUAUUUUGACUGUGACGAUGUGGCACUACAUCACGUGUCUGAGUUCUUCAAGGAAUUAAGCCAGGAGGAGCGAGAGCACGCCGAGAGGUUCCUCAAGUACCAGAACAAGCGUGGGGGGCGUGUCCUUCUGCAGGACGUCAAGAAACCUGACCAGGACACUUGGGGAAACACUCUGGAGGCUAUGCAGGUAGCUCUGAACCUGGAGAAGAAUGUUAAUCAGGCUCUGCUGGAAUUGCACAAUGUAGCAACAGACAGAAAAGAUCCCCAUCUAUGCGACUUCUUGGAAUCUGAGCAUUUGAGGGAGCAUGUGGACCACAUUAAGACGAUUGGACACCACAUUACCAACCUGAAGCGCCUGGGUGUCCCCCAGAAUGGCAUGGGCGAAUAUCUGUUUGAUAAGCACAGUCUUGAGGAAAGCAGCUAAGCUUGUCACUGAGUGGACACAGCCACAGUCCAACACAUCAGAAUACAUAAAAAAACACCACAGGAA